AUGGCCGACGUUGCCACCGACGAGGAGCGACCCAAGCUAUUUUACUAUCUCGAAAUAGUGGAUUACGGCACUCACCUUAUUAUUCCCGCAAUAGUGUCGGUGGUGAUGCCCUUCCAUAUCUGGGUACCUUUCCUGGUCGGUGUGUUUGCAUCAGCAGUAUCGUUUGUUGCUGUACUAUUCCUGCCCGAGACAGUCGCGAUGAAUGGACAUAACCGCAAACUGACCAAGCUCGGGACACCAGUGGAUGAAGAAUUACCUAGGAGUUUGGCUGAAGAAGGUCGUCAAUUUUUGGAAGACAUCUCAGGCGUAAGGCCUGCCGCCGAAGGACACGAAAAGCAAGUCCUUUGA